GACAUGUGCACUCUAGAGAAGCGUGGCGGUGUCUUCAUCCUGACCCUCACCGGCGACAACGAGCACUGGAUCGGCCCCACCUUCAUUUCCUCCUUCCUCUCUCUUCUCGCCCAAGUCAAGUCCCAAGCCACUCGCGGUUCAGUCCUCCUCACCACUUCCCAUGGUCGCUUCUUCUCCAACGGCUUCGACCUUCCCUGGGCCCGAACCGCCGCCUCCAAAUCCGCCGCUACAGACCGCAUACUCCACCUCGUCCACAUCUUCAAGCAAGUCGCCGCCGCUCUUCUCUCUCUCCCCAUGCCCACCAUCGCCGCUGUCUCCGGCCAUGCCUCCGCCGCCGGUUUCAUUCUCGCUCUCUACCACGAUUACCUGCUGAUGAGGCGCGACAAAGGUUUCCUCUACAUGAGCGAGAUUGACAUGGGGUUACCUUUCCCGGAUUACAUUGCGGCGUUGAUGAGGUCAAAGAUCAGUUCAGCUUCGGUCCGGCGGGACGUGCUGCUGGCGGGGAUGAAGAUCAACGGUGAAACAGCGACAAAGUUGGGAAUUGCAGACGGUGCGUACAACAGCGAGGAUACGCUGAUGGAUGCGGCGGUGGCAAUGGCGGAGACGUUGGCGAAGAGGAAGUGGGAUGGAGAAGUAUACGCAGAGAUUAGAAAGAGUUUGUAUCCUGAAAUGUGUUCGCUAUUAAAUGAAUUGAAUUCAAAGAUGUAAACAGGCAAGGUAAAAGGGAAGUAUAGUUGCAUUCUAUGUGUCGUUUUGGUGGACCGGUUGCAAAAUAAAUUAAUAACUUACCUAAAUCAUUUAAUCUAAAUUGUUUGU